UUCAACCCGUCAACCUGCCUUUUGUCUGCUUACUCUUUGUUUCAAAGGAUUCCUUUCUUUGAGAGAGAAGAAGAAGAAGAAUAAUGUUAGUAGGAGACUGUGAAAAGAUGGUACAAAUCUCUUCCACUACUAAUGAAAUAUGGCCACAUCAGAAUAAUGAGAGUAUGGUUAUGGAGAAACCAAGCCAAGAUCAACAGCAACCCCUAAAAUGUCCUCGUUGUAAUUCAUCAAAUACAAAGUUUUGUUACUACAAUAAUUAUAGUUUGUCUCAGCCAAGACACUUUUGCAAAGGUUGUAAAAGGUAUUGGACUAGAGGUGGAACUAUAAGAAAUGUUCCAGUUGGAGGUGGCUGUAGAAAAAACAAGAAAAUCAAGAAACCAAAUAUUACUACUACAAAUCCUAGCCAUAAUUUUCAUCAACCUCAAAUAAUUGAUGAUUUAUCUCCUAUUACCUCAAAUCAUCAUAGUAAUCCUUUGUUUUAUGGAUUACCAACUAACCCUUCUGAUCUUAAUAUUCAAUUUCCAAGAUUGUUCAAUUCUAGGGUUUCCAACACUGAAAAUCUUGAACUAGGGUUUUCUUAUGGUCAGAUCCAAGAUGUUAUGACUACUACUAACUCUAAUUCACAUCUUUCAAAUUACCCCAUCUUAAAUUCAAAUUUGGCCUCCCUUAUAGCUUCUAAUCUUCAACAACAAAACUUCAUUUCAAACCAUAACAAGUUCCAGGAUUUGUCUCCUUAUAUUAAUGGUGAAGGUGGAAAUGGGAUAAUGUUGAAAAUGGAAAGUGGGAACCAAAACAGGUUGGAUUGGAAUAAUAUUUCUAACAAUCAGAUCAAUUCUGCUCAUCCUUCUCUUUCUUGGGCUGGUGAUUAUGUUGAUCCUUCAAAUAUAGGGUCUAAUUCAGUCUCUU